GCAUGAUUACGUGCAUCAUUAGGUUAUUUACAUGCAUCCGAUUUUUGCUCUUCGGACUGGGUAAAAGAAUGAAUGCGGAUGUUAAGGACCGUCACUCCUAAUACAACAUUACUUUGUGUGAGGGAAGGUGAGAAGUAUAAGAAUUUAAAAUUUACUCUGGAAAAUGAAAUUUUCAAAAGGAUUACUGUUAGUGUCUGCAAUCGUGGGCCUUAUUCUGAUUCUUUUGACAUCAGCAGCUAUUAUUCUAGCAAAACUUCUGACAGAAGGUGAUUUAAAAAAGGAAACUUCAGAGUACCUGCAUCAUGGGUCAACAAACCAGACUUUGAUAAAUGGAACUUGUGGCUCCAGACCUGCAUUCUCCAGUAGGAUUGUUGGUGGGACAAACUCUGUGAAUGGUGAAUGGCCUUGGCAGGUUAGCCUUCAAAUCGGAUCACACGUCUGUGGUGCCUCUAUCAUCUCUGACAGAUGGCUCAUCUCUGCAGCUCACUGUUUUCAGAAAGCAUUCGCCAACCCUUCAAACUGGAAAGCUUACAUGGGAUCAAUCUUUGUUCGGCGUGGUAUAUCGAGACCCAUCAGUAGAAUCCACAUCCAUCCUAACUAUAGCAUUCCAAUGAACUUUAACAAUGACAUUGCACUACUGGAGCUUUCUUCUCCUCUCAUCUUCAAUAAGUUCAUCCAGCCAAUUUGUCUCCCAUCGAGUAGUGAAGUCAUCUCUGCUGGUCGAAAAUGUACAAUCACGGGAUGGGGAGCGCUUGCUUUUCAAGGCCCACCUGCAAACAUCCUUCAAAAAGCAGAAGUGAAAAUUAUCAACGACAAACGAUGCAAACGUACCUUUGGAAACCAAAUUAGUGAUAGGAUGCUGUGUGCUGGUAUCUUAGCAGGAGGAGUUGAUGCUUGUCAGGGUGAUUCAGGAGGUCCGCUGGUCUGUCGGAGAUCCAAUAAUACUUGGUUUCUAGCUGGGAUCGUGAGCUUUGGUAUUGACUGUGCGAAACCGAAUAUUCCUGGAGUGUAUACUCGUGUUACAGCUCUUAGAGACUGGGUGGAGCAGGAAACUGGAUUACUGCAAACACUUGCCUGCCAAAGAUGGUUUAGUCAAGAGGGGGCUGACAGUUUUUUGGCGGAUAUCUGGUGCUCGUCGUUUGAAAUGAAACCAUCCAAAAGGCUUCUGAUCCUCAUCUUGGUGGUUAUUUUCACUAUUCUGAUUGUGGCAGGAGUUGUGGCUAUUGUUUUAGGAGUUCUUCUGACACAAUCUUCCACUUCAAGUGAUAGCUUCUUUACAGGAGAUUUCAGAAUAUUAAACAUUAAUUACAAUGAUGCCUUGUCAAUGACUGGUUCCACUGGAUUCUCACAAUUAGCGAAUGAAAUUCAAAUAGAAAUAAAAAAUGUGUAUUCAAGUUCAAAGUUGUCUACACAGUUCGACAAUUCACAAGUUGUAGAAUUCAGGCCAGGCAGUGUUUUCGUAACACUUUUACUACAGUUCAAGAGAAAUGGAAGCACCUCUUUAACAGCAGAAACAGUCAAAAAUACAUUCCAGCAGAGCCUGACGCAAGUCAGUAUGUCCAGUCAAUCUGGUUCCUUGAAUGGUUUCAGCAUAGACUUGACAUCUAUUCGGUUCGCUGAAAUCAGUCAGACGGAUGCAAAAGUUCUUCUCACCAGUGUUUCUACGACAGAAAUCAUUACAUCAAAUCCAAGUACCAUGGUUGCCACAGACUCUCCUACCACAAGUAAAUCAAUUGAGAUGACUACAAAUGCAGUUACAACACCCACGACUAAAAUCUUAACUUCUACAACCAGAAACGACAGCUCAAGUUCAACCUGUGGCUCCAGACCUGCAUUCUUCAAUAGGAUUGUUGGUGGGACAAACUCUGUGAAUGGUGAAUGGCCUUGGCAGGUUAGCCUCCAAAUCGGAUCACAUGUCUGUGGUGCCUCCAUCAUCUCGGACAGAUGGCUCAUCAGUGCAGCUCACUGUUUUCAGGAUUCAAGAAGCAGCCCAUCAAUAUGGACAGCAUUGAUUGGAACAAUUGAUGUAAGAAGAGGUACUGUCCAAACUAUUGAAACAAUUAUCAUCCAUCCACAGUACCGACAAACCUCAAAUGACUAUGACAUCGCAGUGCUGAAACUUUCAUCCCCUCUGCUCUUUGAGGCUAACAUCCAGCCAAUUUGCCUUCCAUCAAGUGACCAUGUCUUCAAUGCUGGGGACAGCUGCACCAUCACAGGAUGGGGGACUCUUGAAUUUGAAGGCUCACUACCACAAAUCCUUCAAAAAGCAAAUGUGGACAUCAUCGAUGACAACACAUGCAAGAACAUCUAUUCACAAGUUACUGAAAGAAUGCUGUGUGCUGGCUUCUUAACAGGAGGAGUCGAUUCCUGUCAGGGUGACUCUGGAGGUCCAUUAGCCUGUAUGCAACCUGAUGGAAAGUGGUUUCUUGCUGGAAUCGUGAGCUUUGGUUUUCAAUGUGCCAGACCUGGUUUCCCUGGAAUCUAUGCCCGGGUAACAGCUCUGCGAGACUGGGUGCAGGAGCAGACUGGAGUAUAAAUGGUUCCAAUGAGAAAUGGUCCAAUUUGUACUGUUCCUGGAUUAAUGAACAUUCUCCAUUCAUGAAUUAUAAGUUGAUUCCUAUUCACUAUUUAUUAUUGUGUAGUGAUGCACCACUGCUGCAUUAUCAGAAAACAAUGUGAUUUUACUUUUUAGACCUGUGUUUUCAAAUUUGGAUGGGAUUUUACCACGACUGAGAGGAAUGGGGGAGCAGGAAAUGUCAUGAAAAGUUGUACCAGGAGGGCUUCCCAACACAAUCUACAGCCAGGGAAAACUCCCAGUGGCAGGACCAGCUGGACCGUGUGUGGCUAGCCAAUUUAAAUUCAUACAGGCAUGAGGAGCAGCCACCCCAAACACACAAAGGAAGUCUGCAAAGGGUGAGUUUCAUGAAGGCAUCAUCCAUGCAAUGUCCCAGAGGAUCAUCAGAGCUGGAGGUUGGGGUGUUUUGGUCGCAUGCAACAAAUAUGUCCGCCCAGCUCAAAUCAACCAUCCGGCAGAGCAUGCCUGUUAAUCUCAUCAGAAUUUUAACUUAAACCUUACCUUUCCAACGCCUCACAAUCUCGAGUUGCCUCAACAAUGCCCACUUUGUCAAGUGAGCUCAGACCUAGCCAGCAGGAAUGAGAAGCUGCCCUUAUGAAUGAUGUGUCUGGGGGAGCCAAACAGGAGGCUGCCUCCUGGAAAGAGUCUGAGCCAAAGCUCUCUGUUAGCUCGUGCGGGGCUCUGGAUCCACGCCGAACCCAUCCUGACAGCUGGGUGAGGAUCCAAAAUCCCAUGGCAAAAUCCUGCCUGUUACUCUUGAGUGAUGUGAAAACGUGUCAGUGAGGCAUUCAUAACCCCAAUAAUCUUUUUCACAAGUAGACAUUUUUGCUCAUAGUCUUCAAUUCCUGGGCUUUUUGUUUUUGUGGAUAUUACUAAAUUAGAGAAUGAGGUUACAUUUAAAAUGAGCUCUAAAUCAAUGAGUGAUAUUUGAGAGUGACAUUUCUCAGCCCUCGUGAUUAGUUUGUGUUCACCUUGUG